AUGGCGGCGACUCGGGCGGGUCCUGGGCAUCCUUGGUGCUCCGCUUUGGUACUGUGUGGGGAGAUCCGUCCGGGGCCCGGGCUUAUCAAUGGAGCUGUUAGCGAGCUGAAAAGAGGCUUUUGUUCAUGGGAUAUAGAUCCUUCCUUUUGUAACUUGGAUGAUCAGCUAAAAUUGUUUGUGUCCCGUCAUUCUGCCACAUUCUCCACAGAAGUUAAAGGACAACGAAGCUUGCAUCAUACUGGAGACACCUUAGAGACUCUUGUUUUAAUUAACCCGGAUAAGAAGUCGGCGUCCAAUGAGAUUCGUAAUCUGGUCUGUCAUCAGUCUCAACAGAAGCUGCUGGUUUUCACUGGCCCUUUCUUAGAGGAAACUGGGGAGGUGCUUCUGCAAGGAGGUGGGGGGUUCUCCAUUAAAGAUUUUAUCCAGAUCUUUACUGACAAAGAGAUUGGAGAAACACUGAGUUUGUCAGACCCUUCUGCACGUGUCAUAUUGACUGUUGUCUGCCCCUUAGAUUGGGAUAUUUCCCAACUGGAUAAAUGUAGCCUCCAAGAUUUCAUAGAGUUAAGAUUUAAUAUGGAACAGGCCUUUGCAGAGACAGAAGGAUUGCAAGAAUUAGCAGAGUAUCUUUCAGAAUCACUUGAGGCACCUUCUCCCUUUGAGCUGCUUGAGCCACCCUCAACUGUGGGCUUUUUAAAAUUGUUUAAACCAUGCUGCUAUGUCUUUCCUGGAGGCAGAGGUGACUCUGCUUUUUUCUCUGUAAAUGGGUUUAAUAUGCUGGUAAAUGGAGGUUCAGAUGCUAGGUCUCCAUUCUGGAAGCUGGUACGACAUUUAGAUAGAGUAGAUUCAAUCCUUCUUACUCACCUGGGCAUCGACAGCUUACCUGGGAUAAACAGUUUACUUCAAAGGAAGAUUGCAGAGGUGGAAGAGGACCCUUCCCAAGCUCCACCACCAAGUGAAGAGUGGCUAAAGAACUUAGUGUCUCCAGAGAUAGGUGUAGUAUUUCUUAACACUGUAGAUGUGCAGAUAGCCCAAGAAAAAGAACUGAACACGGUUAGGGUCAGAGAGGAGGCUAUACUUACUCUGAAUUGUUUGGAGAAGCUGAAUAUUCAGCCAGAACCAUUGUACAGAUUUAAUGUACCAAGGGUGGAACCAACUAUCCUGUUUCAAAAGAUGGGUGUGGGAAGACUAGAAAUGUACAUAUUGAACCCAGUUAAAGGCAGCAAAGAGUUUGAAUCCCUUUCCAAGCAAUGGACUGAAAGUGACAAGCACAAGGGCUCCAACUUGCCAAUUUCCUGCCUAACCUCUGUUUGUGCCUUAUUGGUCUGGCAUCCCGCUUCACCCACUGAGAAGAUUGUGAGGGUAUUGUUCCCAGGUUGUACUCCUCAAAACAAAAUUUUGGAAGGCUUAGAGAAACUAAGACACUUGGAUUUUUUGAAGGAUCCAGUCACAACUCGUAAGGAUCUGGAAUUGAUUGAAAGUAGUAAUAGAAGUGGAGCAAUACCCAGACGGACAGACAGCAAGGAGAGCAUAAGAUCUGGGUCUGGCCGGCUUAGUAUUGAACACAAGGUUAUAAGCAAAGAGAAACCAAUUAAAUUUGAGAGGAAAGAGGCCAAAUCUGAAGGGAAAGAACAAAUUAAAACAGUACCUUCCAAAGAUACUGGAACUGAGGGAGCAAAGCUGAAAGAGGCCAAGGUCAAAAUGAAAGAAUCGGCUGAUAAACCUAAGCAAGAUUCAAGGUUGAAGGCCACUAAAGAUAAAGUGUUUGUUAGGAAAGAACAGGAAAAUAAGCUACCAAUAAAAAGAGAUGAAGGUCAAACUGAUAAAAAGGAAGUAACAAAACAAGAUGGCAAGAAGGAUAUGCGACCCAUUAUUGAUGGUAGAGUGGAGACUCCACGAAGAGAUCUUAAAGAUGAUCCUCGGAAAGACUUCAAGGGAGAUGAAGGCAAAAAUGUAAAAACUGCCACUAAAGAUGUUAGGAAAAGUAUCAAAACACCUACAGACACCCGUAGAUCUCUUUCUAAGGUUAGUUCUGUAAAAAAGGAUACGUCUGGUAAAGUAGUUGGAAAAGGAAAGCCUACACCGAAGCCAGUCAGCGGGGAGCUGACUAAGCACUCUGUGGAGAAACUUGUGAUUGAUGGUACCAUUCAAAAUUCAGGCAACACUGCAGAGGGGACACGGGAGCCUAGUGAAGAAUGUGAAAAGGGUGCCUGCGAUGAGCCUUCAAAACUAACAAAUGUGCAUUUAGCUGCUUGUGCAGAGAAUGGUUUGUGUCCAGAGGAGCCGGAAAGUCCCAGUGGAUUUCGUUACUUGGAGACCAGUCCUCUUAAGGGACUGGCUCCAGUGUCACCACUGGCUAAUACUCCUAGAAGUGAACAGAGUGUAAAUUUUGAUCUGACACCCACCACCUUAGAAGUGCAAGACAAAGUGAGAGAUGAACUGGCUGAUCUCUGUGGUAGUUCAGAUGAAAGGACUCUAGAGAUGGCUUCUCCAGCGAGUUCAGACCAUUGCUCUCCAGCACUGCUGGGUCAGAAUUGUAGCCAAAGUAUGAACUUGUAGCCAAAGUAUGAACUCGUCCUCUUGGCGAGCUCCACCCAAAUCAUCUCAAGAAAAUUCAAAUUCAUCACAGGGAAGACACACCAGUUGUUUAUCUUUAAGUCCAUUCCGUGAAGACAUCCCUGAUGUUUCUCCAACAAUAACAACCCCAUCUCUGCCUGCUGAGGUGGGCUCUCCACACUCAACAGAGCUUGAUGAAUCCCUGUCCAUCUCUUCCUUUGAGCAGACCCUUCCUCCAGUUAGUGAGUCACCUAGAGAUGUAUCUCCAGAAUUGCACACUCCAAACAAAGGAACUUUAUCUUUGCCAGUGCGCUCCCCUCAACAUCUAGAGCAUGAAAGACCGUCUGAGAGAUCUGCAUCUCCCCAUGAUGUUGAUCUAUGCUUGGUAUCCCCCUGUGAAUUUGAGCACCCUAAAUCUGAUGCUGUGCUAAGUCCCAGGGAUAGCGAUAGUGACCUCUCUCAGGAGCUAGCAAAACCACUGUGCUCUACAGACAAAAACUUGCCUAAUGGAUUAGAAACACCUCCUACUUCAGUCAGUGAAUCGCUGCCAACCAUUUCUGACUCUGGCCCAGAUGAAUAUCCUUCUAUUGCUGUUGAUGCAGAGUCUGAGUCUGAUGUAGACAAUUCUUCCAGACCUUUAGAUCCCAUUCCUGCCCCUCUGCGUGAUCCCCAACCCAUGCCACCGCAGCCAAGUACAUGCAUGGUUGACCCAGAAGUCAUGCAUACUAACCAUGGGGAGAAGAAGCCAUCACCCCGUCCUCCCUCUGCCUCCAACCCUAAGAAUGACAGUUUAAAGACACCUGGAAUUAAGACCAGGGUUGGUUCAGAUAGAACAGGAAAGGCUCUCCCGAACCCACGCCCAGGAGUGGAUGCUAAACAAGUUAUAGGUAGGCGCAGCAUUGGAAAUGUCGCUAAAGCUGCCCCUGGAGUAAGCAGAACUUCAGUCACUCCUAUGAAACCACCCCAGUCCAGCUCUCCCUCACCUCCACCUCUACCAGUUUAUGUUGAUCUUGCUUACUUGCCUGGUGGAUAUGGGGCAUUUACAAUAGAGGAAGAAUUUUUUAAGUGUGUACGCUCUUCUUGCUACAUAAUCAGUGGGGAUGACCCUGCAAAGGAAAAAGUCACUCGCCAGAUUUUGGACUCUCUACUUGCUGGAAAAAAACACUGGCCACAAGACAUGCAGGUGACCCUCAUUCCAACGUUUGAAUCCACAGCAGUCCAUGAGUGGUAUCAGGAGACGCAUGUACUUCAGCAAUCAUUGGGAAUUAGAGUUUGCGGCAGUACCAACAGUGUUUCCAUGCAGGGAGAGACUUUCCCUGCCUGCAAAUGGGAAUUUUAAUCUCCAUUCCUACUAACCCUCUUCAUUUCAUGUUUUGGUUUGCAAUAUUUUGCAUACUGAAGUCAUAUUGGGCCAGCUAGGCUUUGAAGACACUCCUUGUGCCAUAUCUCCCUUCCACCUGCUUGAUAAUUGCCACCAGUCACAUUGUGUUUGGGAAGGCACAUUGCUAAUCUGUCUGCACUCGGUGCUGUUAAGCAAAGCAAAAGACAAAUAUAUAUUAAAAAAAUCUUUAUUAUUACUACUUGCACCUUCACUUGAGAAUGUCCUGUUCCACUUUAUGACAUGGACUUGUUGCCAUCUUCCAUUUUCUCAGCUGGCCCUCCAGCGCUCUGAUAAAAGAUACUUGCACGCAAGGUUUACAUGUGAUGCUCCACCUAUUGCCCUUUCCCACUUGUGUUGUGUGUGUGGUUUUUUAUUUUUUUUUAAUUUUUUUUUUUUAUUUUUUAUAAAUUUUUUUUUCCUUUUACACACCUUUUUUGGUCAGACGCUAAAAUUUACUAUAAAGUGUGAAUAGCAGCCCAUUCAAUGAACUAUUCAGUCGUGACAUUGUGAAUUUAAAUAUUAGUUGAUUUCAAUGUAAAUUAGCAAAAUGUGAAUUUUUUUAUUUUGUUUUUGCACCAUUAACUCACACUAUUCUGCACUGCUUGACAUUACAUGGUCUAUUGCAGUGGUUUGGAACAGAAAUGUUACGUUUUGGGGUUAUUGUUGAUGGUAGACUUGUUCUACUACUGUGUAAAACUGGGUAAUGCACCAAGUGUUCAAAUUUAACCAUUAUGGAGGUUACAUGCCCUUUCUGAGCUUUUUUUUUUUUUUUUUUGCAACUAUAGGGGAGGUUUAUAAAUCUGUCUCAGGAAAGUGGUACUAUCCAUUAAACCAAUGGAAUCAACAGAAACCACUUGACUUUUGUUUCCAUGGUUAUUGCUCACCGUUCAGAACUCUGCUUGCUGUUCUAUGAGUGACCGUUUUAUAGAUUUCCCCCACUGUUUUCUUGUAAACUGUUUAACGCCUACUAUUUUUAAGGAGGAGAAUCACAGUAGUAAAUGUGUUUUUCACAAAGUACAUUACCAGCAUGGAUAAUGUGACACUUUAAUAUGAGGAAAUUUGUAUGCACAUUUUUUUUCAUAACCUAAACUGUGUACAGUAGUUACUUAAUCCAUAGUCCCAUCCUCUGAUAUCAAUAUUCUAAUUUAUCUGUAAAGUGCACAGUGUACAAAUGCAAUUUUCAUAGAAAUAAUCUGAGGGCCCCUUACUCUAUACACACUCCACAGUAUGUGGACCUCCUGCCCCUCCCCCCCAAAUAAUUUAAAUAAACUUGAUUUAUAUUAUUUUUUGAUAAUUUUAACACUCCUCUUCUUGACAGAAAUGCAGUAGAAAAAGGUACUAAACAGGCUUAGGUUCAUGCCAGUUUAGCAUUGAUAUGACCACAGUAAGGGUCAUGUUUAAACACUACAACGUUUGCAUCUUGUCCUUGUGUACUUAAGCUAUUCAUCUCUGUAAUUCUGUUUUGACGGUAUAUGAAGGAUUAUUAUACCUCACCCUCUCCAUAUUGGAAAGAACUUGGCUAGUGGCACUUUUUAGCAUGGAGUGUAUGUUUAAACUUCUUAAAUCCUAAGGAACAAGGGGUGCAUAACCAUUUUAGUGCCACAGAAGACUAGGUGUUUAAUUAUUUUCUAGUAGAACGUAGUUGAUCAGAUCAACCAUGGCUGC